GUUGAACAAAACUCCCUACUCCACAUUUAGAGACAUUGAUGUUAGAUCAAUUCCUGCCACUUAGAAUCAUUUAUACCUUCCACCAUCAUGAUAAGGAAGAGCGCGUGUCUCUCAUGUCGGUCCAAAAAGCUUCGCUGUGAUGGACGGACGCCGCUAUGCAGCAAUUGCCAUCGUCUCUCGCUCGACUGUCAGUAUGCGACGCAGAGGAGGAAGACAGGUCCAAAGAAGGGUUAUCUAAAGGAUAUAGAGGCGCGUUUACUGCGAACGGAGCAGCUCCUUGAACACCGAAGUGAGUUGGACGCCACAAAAAGGACUGUAGAUGGCCCUUCAGUUGGCAAGAACCCUAUCCUUGGUCGAGGGACACCAUCCUCACUACUGGAUACGAACGCCUGUGAUGGUUGCUCACCAUCGGCACCAAGGCCAGAUCACGACUGCCACGCGAACACCAGUGGUUUACAGGACCAGCAGAGCCAUGAGGCUUUUGCUUUGUCAGACGAAAAGUAUUCCCAAGUACCCCCAGAUUUUGCUGAUGAACUGGAUCGUAUAUAUUUCCAAAAUGUUCAUCCUACCAUGCCGAUUCUUCACACGUCACGGUACUUAAGCAAAGUGUCAUCGCCGAUCUCUGACGGCGGUCCACCCCGUUGUCUGCGAUAUAUUAUGUGGAGUCUCGCAGCAGCUGCCUCAGAGAAGUACCCCCAGAGAACAGAAGAGUUCUAUCAGAGCGCCAGGCAUUAUGCCCAUGAAGAUGAAAUGCACAGCUAUGGAGAGACUGUAGUUUCGAUAGCGCAAUGUCAAUCUUGGAGCUUGAUCGGUUACUACGAGAUUAAACACGCUCUAUUCCCGCGAGCCUGGCUUAGUGUGGGCAAAGCAAUUAGAAUCGCCCAAAUGCUACAGCUACACCGGCUCGAUGGGGUUGGAGCGAAAAUGAAGGCAGCCAUGUUGCAGCCUCCCAAGGAUUGGACCGAUAUAGAAGAGCGGCGCCGUGUUUUCUGGCUUAUAUUCUGUCUGGAUAGAUUUCUCAGCAUGGGCACAGGCUGGCCGAUGACACUUGACGAGAGCCAAAUAUCAACAAAUCUGCCGUCUUCCGAAGAAUCCUUCCAAAAUGACAAGCCUUCCGUCUCUUGCUCCCUUCGAGAGGCCCUUCUUCCAGAAAAAAUGGGAACUCUGUCGCCACUCGGCGCAGUCGUCGUUGUGUCAUUGCUUGCCGGACGGAACUUGAAUCACUUACAGCUCUUCAGUGAUGAGACUUACAGCCCCAGUGAAUUCUGGAAAACCCAUCAAGCUAUGGACAGCGUGUUACUAAAUCUCAGCUUAUAUUUCCCGGAAUGUCUUCGCAUACCUCUCUCCAUUGACGAGCCGAACGUAGUCUUUGUACAUAUGAUGAUUCAUGUCCUGACUAUAUGUCUACACCAAGCAGCCGCUGAUCAAGCGCGUCGAGGCUCAGAGCAUAGCCAAUCUGCAUCUGAGUGUGAGACAAGGUGUUUAUCGUCUGCUCUUGCCAUCGCAAACAUCAUGCGACUUGCCUGCCACACCGAUCUGGCUGCAAUGCACGUUUUCACCCCGUUUUGCCUUUUUGUAGCCGCCAGAGUCCUCCUCGAGCCAAGGCAUCGCAACUCCCCCGAAUAUGAGCCUCAUCAUGAAUUCCUCCGGCACGCCUUACAAGCGUUCAGGCGCCUGAACCCACUAACAGCCGUGUUCCUCAUGGGAUUCCGACAAAAAGAACUCGCGCGCGAUGGAAUCUAUCUCUCCACGGAAGCGCUAUUAAAAACACCAGCGUACGAUGGGGACAGAGCCUCGAAGAGACUAGUUUUCAUUCGAGGUUUCUAGUAAGACUUCCAAGAGAUAAAGCCAUGAGCCUUGUAUGCAUACCCUGGGGGACUAUACUAACUUUCACAUAGUCCCAUCUACGAAGUCCCUGGGAAGGGCUCAAACUCUCAAGGAAAUGAGAGUCAACAGGGUGUCUCCCAAUACAUUGAAAAUUCUAUGCCCUCCGCCAAUGCUGGGUAUUCCUCUACACGUUCCGAUGAGGGGGAGCCCAUUACGCCGCCUGCUGUAAGCAUAAGUGUGCCGCAGGAGUACCCCGGCUAUCCGGACGCCGUGGAUGGAUCUGACGUGAACCAAUUCGAGCAACUUGCACAACCGUUCAAUAUGUCUAGUUUCGAAUUCUUCCCCUUUCUGGCCUGCUCACCCGUCGCCUUCCCUCUGAAUCUAGAAACCAGCAUUUCUCCGGAGAUGCUAGAAUGUAACCCACACCCACCUUGAUCAGUAUCAGUACCACAUAAUCAAAACAUAUACAACCAAACUCCCAAUAAAAACCCCAUCGCUAAACACACCAAACACCACAACUCCUCAAUCGCCAAACCUCAACUACGUGAACACAAUUUCCUAAUAAUCCCAACACACAAAAAUCCUCUCAAAACAAAGUACAAAACAGGAGAAGAAGAAGAAGAAGAAGAAGAAAAAUAAAAAGAA